AUGCUGAGGCUCUUCCUGACCGCGACCGCCGCCGUCGUGGGCCAUGCCCUGUCCGCCGCGACGGACAACCGGGCGAGCUCCGCCGCAGCGGUCAAUGAGAGGGACGCGUCGCUCAAGGCGUCGGACGCGGCACUCGAGGAGCUCGCUCGGCUUCGUGAGGGGCUCGCUCUCCAGGACAAGCACGUAAGCAGCAAGGGGCCGGUGCGAGGGCUGACUUAUGCUGUGCUGCCCGACGCGCCGUCCCGAGCGGGCGCUUCGCGCAUGGUAGCUUCGCAGAAGGAGACUACGGCCGGCGCCUCUGGGACGUUUGUGGUCUACAAUUCGCCCACCAAGACUUGGGCAGACGCCAAGGCUGACUGCGAGAGCCGGGGGCUCGAGCUGGCCUACAUCCUGUCCGAAAGCGAAAACGACGAGCUUAAGGAAUCCGCGGGCACCGCAAAGGUAUGGAUUGGAGCCACCGACGGUGAGAGCGAGGGUGCGUGGUCAACGUGGGCCGUCGGGGAGGCCAUGAGCUACGCCAACUGGAAUAUCGGCGAACCAAACGACAGCGGAGGUGAGGACUGUGCCAUGAUGUUCGGCAGCAACGGUCUAUGGAACGAUGCUGCUUGCUCCCGGACCCUGGCGUACGCUUGCAGGGCGGAGAGCCCACCUUUCCUCUGCCAGGCGGGGCGGGGUGAAUCUGGUGGGUCGUAUGCUAGCGGCGACUUUGGCGACAACUCCAGGGCUGCGUGUGCUGCAGUGUGCGAUGGCAGCAACGACUGCGUUGCCUUUGACGUUGCGAACACCGACAAGGCCAACGCUUGCCGUCUAUACGCCGCAAACACCGAGCCGAGGCUGGGAGACGGUGGCGCCGACAACCGACAGUACUGUCAGAGCACCACGCGGUCAGCGUGCCGUGCAGUUGUGUGCGACUCGGACAAGGUCACCCUGACAGCGGCCCGGACAAUGGGCUGCACCAGCAUCACUAAGACGCUCGUCGCAGAGGGCGAAAGCGGCGACAUCACGCUGGGCUGCCUGCAGACGGUCAGCAACAUCAACAUCUACAACCAAGACGCCCUGGCCAGCCUCAGCUUCCCCUUGCUUGCACGCGCGGGCUCCAUUUCACUUGACAGCAACACAUACCUGACCAGCCUCAGUUUGCCGCGGCUCACCGACGUCAACAGCCUUCGUUUUGAGUUCAACUUACUGCGUAGUCUCAGCAUGCCACUGGUCGCCAACGUCGGGUACCUUGGGUUCUAUUACGGCCGCGAUGAGCUGACCAGCCUCAGCCUUCCGCUGCUCACCAACCUCGGACAGCUUACCAUAGACUACACAAGAAUUGCCAGCAUCAGCUUCCCCAAGCUCGCCAACGUCGAAGGAUCCAUCUCCAUAUUGGCCUCCGACUCUAUAACCAGCCUCAGCCUCCCGCUGCUCACCGACGUUGGAAUCAGCCUCAGCCUCCCCAAGCUCACCAACAUUGGUGACAGCCUUGGGAUUUAUAGCAACCAUCGAUUGACCAGCCUCAGCCUCCCGCUGCUCGCCAACGCGCUGGCGAACACUUGCAGGGCGGAGAGCCCACCUUACCUCUGCCAGACCGGGCAGGGUCAAUAUGGUGCGUCGAAUGAUGGCGGUGACUUUGGCGACAAGGUUUUGUGCGCUGCAGCGUGCGAUGGCAGCGACACCUGCGCUGCCUUUGACUUUGCGAGCACGGGCAAGGCCAACGCUUGCCGUCUAUACGCCGCAAACGCCGCGCCGAGGCUGGGAGACGGUGGCGCCGACAACCGACAGUACUGUCAGAGCACCACGCGGUCUUAA